AUGUCAUGGACGCUGAACAUCCGAUGCAAGCGCGCUGGCGACUUCAGACUGGAUGUGCCGAAUUCGGAAUCAGUCUCGGGCAUUAAGUGUAGGAUCCAGUGCGAAAAACGAAUCCCCGUGGAGAAACAAACCUUGACAUUUGAUGGAUUAAUUCUUGAGGAUUCGCACAAGCUGAAAGACUACGGCAUUAAGAAUCGUUCUACUAUUUUCCUCUGCCUUCCCUUGGACUUUGCGAAGGAUAUAUAUCUUAGUGUAACUUUGUCGUCUGGACGCGUGGUGAGGCUUUGGGUCAAUGAAAAGGACACCGCGGACGUCCUGAAAGAACAGCUGGGGCGUCUGUGUGGAUUGGCUGCCCAAAGUUAUGAGUUGGUUUUGGACGGAGCACUGUUGAGAGCAAGUCAAACUUUGGCAUCGUGUGGACUGAAGGAUGACAGCAUGCUCACUGCUAUGCGUUAUGUGUCAACAGAGUCCGAAAACAAGUUAAAUGCUUACCAGAUAUUCGUUAGGACCCCAACGGGAAAAACAAUUACGCUCAGCGUCUACCCGACAGAUACCAUAGAUAAUGUGAAGUGUCGUCUCCAAGAUAAGGAGGGCAUUCCACCUGACCAACAACGCUUGUUUUUUGCGGGCAAGGAGUUGAAUUACGGACACACAUUGAUGGAUUACAAGAUUCAAAAAGAAUCUACACUUCACGUUGUGCUGAAAUUGAGAGGCGGAUAG